CUUCAAAUCAUGAUGGAAAUUCGGACGAUGAUUUCCUACAACUCAUAUACUAUACAGAAUCAAUGAUUUAAUAUAGAGUCUAAAUUCUGUGAUAUUAAUCUGUUAUAGUAUUUUUAUUGCUAUUGUCAAAUGGUCUAAUGCCUGGGUAGUGUACAACUUCGGUGAUGGCAGCGCAAAAGCAACCAAAAGUGCUCUUAUUCGAUAUCGGUGGUGUCUGCGUCGUGUCGCCAUUCCAAUCCAUAUUAGACUACGAACUAAGUCUAGGAAUACCACCAGGAUGGAUAAACCACUCCAUCUCUAGAACCGCCCCCAAUGGUUUCUGGCACAAAUUAGAAAGGGGCGAAAUAACCCUAGACGAUGAAUUCUACGCUGGCUUCAACAAGGAUCUCCACGACCCGGUACGGUGGGACACAUUCUACAAGUCUCAACAAUCAAAAAACCCCAACCUCCCUAAAGAAGUUCCCCCGGUGCCAAAACUUGAUGGACGAUGGCUUUUCAACGACAUGAUGACUUCAUCAACGUCGCCAGAUCCGUGGAUGUACCCCGCUCUUAAGAACUUGAAGGCGAGCGGGAAGUUUAUUAUCGCUGCUCUUAGCAAUACUGUUAUCUUCCCUCCGGGCCACGCGUUAUAUCGAGAAGAUUUCUUCGCGGAGCCUUUGCGGAAGUUGUUCGACGUCUUCGUGUCAUCGGCGCACGUAGGAAUGCGGAAACCGGAGCCGAAGAUAUACGAGUAUGCGUUGAACGAGGUGGAUAAUUAUGCUAAAACACACGCUUCAGAGGAUCGAGGGAGGUUGUUGGGUUGGCGGGAUGGUGUGAGGCCGGAUGAUAUCGUGUUCUUGGACGACAUUGGUCAGAAUCUAAAGGCAGCUAAGACUGCCGGUUUUCGCACUAUCAAAGUGUCGUUAGGAAGGACGUUUGAGGCGGUAGAUCAACUUGAAGCCGCUACUGGGUUGAAAUUAGCUGGUGAUCAUCCUAGGAUACCUAUCAAGCAUAAGUUAGGAGGUACGAAUGCUAAAUUAUAGUUGGUCAAUUGUUAGGUGUAUUUUAUGAGGGCAGUGUAUUACACGUGGGUUAGGUUAAGAAAUGGUUAAUCUUAGGAGAUAAUUUCAUCGUAGUCUUUAUUUCUGCAU